CCUGCGGACUGAGAGCCAUGGAGGUGCCUGGUGCCCCAAGAAUCAAAUCACGACAGAGCCGAAGGAAUGGCUGGAGAUUGACCUCCACUCUGUCCAUGUUAUCACAGCCACUGAGACACAAGGCAGGUUCGGCAAUGGGCAAGGUGUUGAAUUUGCCGAGGCGUACUUGUUGGAGUACUGGCGACCGCGCCUGGGGAAGUGGGUGCGCUAUAGAGACAUCAAAGGCGAGGAGGUGAUUGAAGGAAAUUCGAACACGUAUCUGGGAUCGAAGCGGGAACUUGAUCCUCCAGUAUGGGCAAGCAGGAUCCGCUUUCUACCUUAUAGUUAUCACCGACGCACCGUCUGCAUGAGAGUGGAGCUGUAUGGUUGCUACUGGAAUGAUGGAAUUGUGAGCUACUCGAUGCCACAAGGCGAUCUCAGGGGGUCGGGUUGGGAGUUCUUCGACUCAACUUACGACGGCCAUUGGGACGGAGAGCUACGGCGAGGGCUGGGCCAACUGACGGAUGGCAAGGUGGGCCCCGACAACUUCAAGAUGGGCUACUAUGACUACGAGCGCGGGCAAGGGUGGGUUGGCUGGAGAAACGAUACUAGAAAUGGACAACCUAUCGAGAUUAAAUUCGAGUUUGAUAAAGUUCGAGAGUUUACGUCAGUCCACAUCUUCUGCAACAACCAAUUCACCAGAGAUGUACAGGUGUUCUCAGAAGCCAAUAUCAUGUUCAGUGUCGGAGGGCGGUACUUCGUGGGCGAACCAAUCACAUACACGUAUAUCGAAGACAGGAUCUUCGAGAAUUCUAGGAACAUUUCCAUUAAACUUCACCAUCGCAUUGGCCGCUUCGUGAAAUUACAACUUCACUUUGCUUCCAAGUGGAUUAUGAUCAGCGAAGUCACAUUCGACUCAGAUGUUGCUCACGGAAACUUCUCGACGGAGACGCCGCCGUCUCAGGACGCCCCGGUCCAGAGCGACGUGUACGUCGAGAAGAAGCAUGCCACCAGCCAGGGCGACUUGCCAGUUUCGACAGCAAGGGAAGAAGAUCACACUUACAUGGCCGUCAUAAUCGGCGUCCUUAUGGCCGUCAUUUUGCUACUGGCCGUCGCUAUUUACUUGAUCGUCUCGCGGCAUCGUCAGAGGAAGUGUUUCGCUAGCCCGCUGGCCUCAAAGCCUGCACUUCCAGGCUCUAACAACCAUCAGCAUAUUCCUCCCGGCAGCGGCUGUGGUACCGCGGAGAAAGGCACCACGAUGGGUUCCUACAGUAUCAAGGAAGUGGAUGACAACUAUAACCAAUCAACACGUUGUGGGGGUGGAGUGCCUCCAGGGGUAGGAACUAUGGUCUCCACGACUAUGUCGACGCUACCGCCGCCCCCAGGGACGGAUACAACGAGCAGUAUGUUGCUCAUGGACCAUGUUAUUGACAUCAAGCUCGACGAUUACCAGGAGCCAUACCAAGCUCUCAAGUACGCCCCCUACUAUUCCUACAGCACCGUCGUCAUGGAGAUGAAGGACAUGCUAAACAAGUGCUCCGCGACCCAGUCAGAUGCAUCAUAUGACUACGCCGUACCGGAAAUGGGCACGAUACCUCUACUGAGCCCAGAAAACACACUUCCUCUGCCUAUGGUUGCUAGCGCUCCCAGUGACAAGGACAGUGUUUUCUCUAAGGGUUCUAGCUCCAAGGGAAGCAAGUCAGAAGAUUCAAAAGGCAAGAAAUCGCCCAGCCAGCAGGAGGUGCUCAGUGCCCUCAAGCGGCGACUGGAGCAAACUGCCGUGCCGGAAUUUCCCCGACACAGGCUCCGCAUGCUGUCCAAACUGGCAGAAGGCGCCUUCGGCACGGUGUAUGUGGCAGAGGCUGACGGGAUACCGGAGUAUGGAUCUGCAGCGUCCCUCGGGAAACGACUGGUGGCCGUCAAAUUCCUCCUACACGAUGCCUGCGAAAGAGAAAAGCUCGAUUUCCAUCGCGAUGUGCGGAUCUUGGCGGCUCUGGAAGACGUGAACAUCGCUCGAGUGCUGGGAAUGUGUAGCCAUGAGGAGCCCCUCUGCGUUGUAAUGGAGUACCUGGACCACGGUGACCUGAACCAGUUCCUCAAGACACACGUGCCUGCCGAAGGCGCGCGUACUCUGCCUGUCGGCGUGAAGACUCUGAGCUUUAACUGCCUCCUGUACAUGGCGGCACAGAUUGCGUCUGGCAUGAGGUACCUGGAAACGCUGAACUUUGUGCACCGUGAUCUCGCCACCAGGAACUGCCUCGUGGGAAAGGCGUACCAGAUAAAGAUAUCCGACUUCGGAACAGACAACGAGCUCUACGCUGCUGACUACUACAAGGUAGAUGGCACCAUGGCCCUCCCGAUCCGCUGGAUGGCCUGGGAGUCUAUAUUCCAGGGUAAAUACACGACCAAGAGUGAUGUAUGGGCUUUUGCUGUUACACUGUGGGAGAUCCUCAACCUGGGACGCCGACCUCCGUUCGAAAUGCUAACUGACCCACAAGUAGUGGAAAACUUAGCUCACAUGCAACGUGAUGACGGUCAGUUUGCAUACCUACCCCGACCACCAGCACCGCCUUGUACGAAGGAUAUAUAUGACCUCAUGUGUGAAUGCUGGCGUCGCCAUGAAUCCGAGCGACCCAGCUUCAGGGAGAUCCAUCUAUUUCUGCAGAGGAAGAAUCUUGGAUACGCCCCAGUCACGUGAUCUUCUGCAGCAUUAGUGUCUUCUGAAGAGCAAACCAGUGUCACAGUGUUGGGGCCUCCUGGUGCAGCCUAGAGAAAUAAGCACCAUGUGAGAAAGCUGGCUGCACAGUUUUCUGGUUCACAAAUUCUGGGGGGAAAGAAAUAAGAAAUAAAAUAUAUAACGGACCGUAUACAUGGAAACACUAUUCUAAGAACUGGUUUUAUUUGCAUCUUUUCCUAGUACCAUUAUUUCCUUAAAUGACUCCAGAAAUGGAAUGGUGAGCAAGAUAUGAACCGCAGAAAAUAUAUUGCAAACAAGAUUUUAUAUGUAUAUAUAUGAUGAUGCGAACGUUUUCAUCUUUACUUUAGAGUAUUUGGAACUUCUUUAGGAUACAUGCAUUCACAAGGCUUAUCAUUCCUUACUAUCAGAGCUUUUGAUGUCUGAGAUACAAAAAUAAGUAGUUUUGUGGUUCUCAGAAUGAAUCUGGGAGCACUCUAAAGGGACUAAUCCAUUUAAGGACAAAUAUAUACAUUGUUUCUACUUUUUUAUGAACUGUGCAGAAUUUGUAUAAUUGGGUAUUUAUUAUUUAAAAUAUACGAUUUCUUAUCUGAAUACGCAUGUGGAAAAUAUGCUAGGAAUUCUUAGCAAAAAAGAAUGUCUUACCUGGACUGUCAAUUUAAAGAGCCUUCAUGAAAUUGCAUUAUAAAAUUUCUAAGACUGCAAUCAUGAAUAUAUUUUGUCACACUCAAUGAGCUGUACUUAUAUUUAUAUGAUUUGGAAGGAGUAUCAGUAUAUAUAAUUGGUUCUCUGUGAUGAAUGUAAGUAAACUCAGUGUGCAUUUGAGAGCUUUCAAUAGGUCUGAAUUUUAGGCGAUGCAUAUAUAUUGAUAUGGAUUGAGAAUCAUGUUAUGUAUUCAUGUCAUCUCUGAAGCAAAGGGUACAGAUGUAGAAUAUUUGCAGAAUGCUGAAGUGUGAAAUUGUAAAUCAGUCAUUUUCAUAAUGAUAAAUUGAUUUCAUAAUUGCUGUACAUUUAAUGCCAAGGCUUCUUCCAAAAAUUGUGACUGUUUUUGAUACAUCAAUUUCCAAAACAAGAUUUUUGACUUCACUGAUGGUGUCUUUUAGAAAUUGUAUUAAACUUGGGAUAAUAACAUUUAAUGAUUAAAGGUAAUACAACACAAAAGCCUUACAAGUUUUGAUAUUCUUAAAGAGGAAUAUGAUCUUGGCAUGAGAGACUCUCCCUAAGUGAACAGAUAAAGUAGUAUAGCAUUGAAUUACGGGUUGCACAAAGGAUAUGGUCUGAUAAAAUGAAGAAUUCUCUGGAAAUAUAAAUAAUAUGGAAGGAUUCAUAACAUUGUGAACUUCUUUAUAGACUUGCAUGUCCAUAAACAAGAUACCCAUGUGGAAAAUUUUGUGUAGUUCUGUAUGAAGUGUGGAUAAGUUACCACUCUAUGGAAAAGGGGCUCUUGCAAAUUCAAGACUCGCCUUGGUAUGUGACAUUACUGCAGUUAAGCUUUCUUUGCAGUUUAGAAAACUAAGAGUUUAAUGAUUCCAUUCAUUUUGUAUUGCUCAUUUUGCUGAGAUGUUACCGUUCAUGUUUCUUGUGGAUCUCAAGAUGGUUUAAAGUUGAAAAUCCCAAGCAGUUCUGCUUCAACAGUAAUUUUGCCUGCCUUGCAUACUCUGUGAAACACAUAGUGCUGGGGUGGUAUCUCAAACCUUCGUUACAGCCUAAGGUCAGUAAGCCACAUUAAUUAUUAUGUUAUAUUCAUCACAAAAAUCAUAUGUGAGUGGGACAAUCAAAUUAAUAAUUUAUACCAUCGGGUAGACAUCACUUAUAAGUAAUAAGAAUGAAAUGAAUAUAUAAAGCAAACUUAUUUAUGUUACCAUUUGAGAAGUUAUUUUACCUAAUUCUUAACAGUGGCUUUGAACUACAAGAAGCCAAAGCUGAAGACCUAUUCUCAAGAAACAUGCAAUAUUAGUAUGAACUGCAGCUGCAUAACUUAGAAAACUUUUGCAGUUACAGUCAACAUUUCUUCUAAGGAAAGGUCGUCAAUAAUUGGAUUGUGUAAAGACUACAGUCUGCAGUAAAUUGCUAUCCCAUGUCAUAGGUAACAGCUAUGGCAUAUAUGUAUCUCACAUAGCAUGUAGGAAUAGUAAUGUUAUUCCCCUGAACUUCUAAUCCCAAUUUUCAUGAAUCAGUUAUUACAGGUAGUGCCUCAUAAUAUAUCUAUAGCAUGUAGCAUCUAAGGAAACACGACACUUGUUCUGUGUGAUCAAUUUAAUAUCAUUGGUAUCAGUUAAAAAGCAAUGAUAUUUAGUAAUUUUAUAUACAAUUGUGCAUCGUGGUAACUUUGUGUGUAUGACACUUAAUUGUUGAAGUCUCUGAAAUGUUACAUAUUUGUAUUUCAUACAAAUAAUCCUGAGUCAUGUAGACUUGUUGCAUACAAUUUGGUGGUAAAAACAUGGCACAGCUCUGAGUGAGGAAAUAAUUAUAUGUGUGCUGUAAUGAAAAAAUUUUUACAUAAUGAAUAUUAAAUAUAUCUGAACUUUCUUUGUGUUUCUUCUCAAGAAACAUGUGGACUGGUUCUUGAGUAUAUCUAUCAGCUGAAUAAAACAAUCUGUUUCAUUUUUAUACCUAUUGUAGUUAGAUAAAAAUAUAAACAAAUACACAGGAAGGAACAAAAUGGAGGAACCAGCUGUUCAUAUACCAUUACUGGAAUGUCAUUUGUGGAUGUCAUAAUUGUGGGUGCAUCUGCGAUAUUAGAAUAAUGUUCAAAAAGAAAGCUGAUACAUAUACAUAUAUACAUAAUUGUAUGUACUAAAUAUUCCAUGAAAUGUUUCUCCCAUCGUAAGUACCAAUGUGAUAUAAAUAGUUAUUUAACAGUAGAACCAAUCAUGAAGCAAACAAAUGUUUGUUCAUAGUUUCCGUAAGCCUACACAUGAUGUGUGUACAUAACACUAUUUUAACGUUGAAGAGAAGCAAAGUAACAUCAUAGGAGUAUCAUUAUAACAAUAAUAUAUGUAGGAUAAUAACAACGACUGCAGUUUUAAAAACAUGUACAAAAUUAUCGAAAUGUAUAUAUAUGUCAUAAUUAAUAUUAUUACAGAAAACAAACUAGUCACACUGAGGAAGGAAAGGCCAAAUUCCACUGCCAUAAUUUCUAUGAUGUAGGCCUGAUUGUUUUAAUGCCAUAGAAAUUAUUAUAAUUGACCAAAAAUGUUUGUAGGAUAGAAGUGGUGCAUUUGGUCUCCAUUUUAUGUGAGUAGCACUUAAUUGGUCGAUUGUGUUGUAGCAUGGCAGUGACGUCAUAUAUAUGCAGGGUAAUUUUACAUUGAUUUUAAACAUUUGAAAUGAAUAUGAGGGACUAUUUUGUAUUGCAGUAAUUUCUUAAAAUCACUAUGAUUGGUGUUGGGCACAGUGAAUUCACAAAGACAGCUUAACUAAGCUACUAAGCUGUUAUGCACUGAGUUUCAAAUAAAAGUAGCCCAGUUCUGUUUAUGUGUUCAUAAGAAUUGAAAUAAUUAAAUUGUUCUUAAGAUCUUUUGAUCUUAAAUUGUUCUUAAGCUUUAGUUCCAGAUUCACACUAGACCAAUUGCUCUUGUAAGAGAAUUUUAUUUGGGUGAUAUUUAAGGUAAGAUCUCUCCCUCUGGUCGAUGUUCCGUGUGUCAUUUAGCAAGAGUGAAAAUAUGUACAACCUAGCAGUUCUGACUUGUGUCACAAAAUGUCUCUUCUGCGUUAUCUCAAAGCGCAAAAUAAAUCUUACGUUUAGUAGUUGUUCCUUAAACUGCCAUUAAUGCAGUGGGAUUGGUUAGCAUUGCUUUACAGUAUGGGCACAGAGAUGUGUCAUUUAUCUAGUAGUUGCUCACAUGAAGUAGUAUUCUAUAUCACUGACAUAUAAAAACAGGUAGACAGCUCACAGAACAUCAGGAACUUGGUUUUCACUUGUUCCAUAUAGUUGCGUUAAUAUGCACACGAUCAAUUAAAGCAUAUUCUUGUAAUAUUCAACCUCGGGUAAUGCAUUUUUAAGUAUAGACAAACGUAUUUUCAAAAUAAAUAAAUAAAUGCUUUGAGUCAUAACAUGUAUCUAAACACAUUAGAUCAACUGUUGACAUCACAAAGCCCGGGUUACAGUGUUGUUUCCAAUCAUGUGAAUGUAACAAGAAGGAAAUGGUACUAUAGCAAUCUGUAAUAUAUAACUGGGUUCCAUAAAUACUUUCUUUCUUUAUAAAGAUUUGUAAAAGCAUUGAGUGUUUACUAAGUGUGCAAGAUUUUGGUAAUUUCUUUUGGCAUUUCAUUAAGUAGUAUUCUGAAGUUCAGAAAAUCAGUAAUAAUUCCAAGUGUGGCACAAUCAGUUACAUAUCACUGGACUGUAUGUAGAGUCCAGGAGAAUUGUUUUAAAUUGGAAGUUACACCCAAGAGUAAAUAAGUAAAUACAUGUAAAUAACACAGAUGAUGGUUAUAAAUAAAUGUUCUGCUUUUCUCUUUUGUA